UUUUCCUCUCCUUUUAAUUUUUCUACACAUUUUUUGUUCUCGCCCUUAUAUUUUUUUAAUACUUUUUCUCCUUUUGUUUCACUUCCGACGCGUUUUGGAAAUUGAUCCACAUCCGCCAAAAAAAAAUUUUUUUUCAGACGUUUCUUUUCGAUUUUUUUCUUCUUUAUAUUGACUUGAAGAGCUUUUUCUCGUUUUAUUAAUCUAUCAAUCUUCCUCUUUUUUUCAAGUCAAAACAAAAAUGAAAAGUAAAACGAGAGGAUUAUUAUUGUCAAUUAUUUUAAGUUAAAGGAGCUUUUUUUAGUUUUAAUUUUAGGGGAAACCGGAAGUUACGUUAUACCUCUUUAUUAAUUGUCCUCCCUAAAUAAUUAUCAAAUUUCUAUUCAUACACCCCGCUAACGAUCGGAGGUGGGUCGGAAGAGGUGUCGGAAAUCAGAAGAGUCGGAAAUCGGAACUGACUCAAAAGUCGGAACUCGGAAAUAAAAAUUUUUCGGAAAUCGGAAUUCCGACCCACCUCUGCUAACGAUGAAUCGAAGCAGUAAUCGGGGCCCUUAUCAAAUGCCUUACUACCUACAUGUUCAAAUUUUAAAUCUCGGACAAAUUGCCCUCCCUCGAUUAAUUACUCCCUCUAGCAGAAGGUCGAAGCAAGAAUUACCCAGGGUUCAAGGAGCUACGGAAAUUAAUAAAAAUUCUCUAUUUAUUCUAUUUUUUAAACAUAAUUUUACUUUUUUAUCUUAUUUUGUAGCCUAUUUUCUCCUCUUUCCAACGACACCAAACUUGGCUAAAUAUGUCCAGUUACUCUUGUGCUAUUCUGCUUAG